CACUUGUCAUUUGACAUACUUUAAAAUUUAGAUUGUACUUAUUAAUCAUUUUUAUUUAUUAUUGACAUGAUUUUUUAAUGUUUCAAUUUUAAUAUUAUCUUAAAGUGAAUAAAAUUUUUUUUAAUGAAAGUGAAGUUUGAUUUAAUUAUCAAUAUAACUAAGUUUUUUAUAGGAUUACAUUAUAAAUUAACAAUUUCAUAAGUUAAUUAUUUAUAGCUUUUAACUUUUUUAUUAAGAUCAUUAACAUCAAUGGAUAAGCUACGUAAAGCAUUAAGUGGACAAGAAAGUCCUGAUAAUGAUAGUUCAACUGGAAUUUUACCGAAUGUAAAUCAAAUGUCAUCAUUGGAAUGGUCUACACGUAUUAAAGGAUUCAUUGUGUGUUUUGUGAUUGGAAUACUAUUUUCAUUAUUAGGAGCAACAGCGUUAGUUUUGCCUUUACAUAAAAAAAUGGCUGUGUUUGGUAUAUUUUACACAUUAGGAAACAUAACAUCACUUCUAAGUACGUGUUUCUUGAUGGGCCCCCUAAAACAAAUUAAAAAAAUGUUUUCAUCUACCAGAGUUGUUGCUACUAUAAUUGCUUUAGCUAUGAUUGUUUUAACAUUAGUAGCAGCUAUAGGAAUGAAAAAUGCGCCACUGACUUUUCUCUGUAUUAUUUUUCAAUUUCUGGCAUUAACAUGGUAUUCAUUGUCAUAUAUCCCAUAUGCAAGAGAAGCAAUAAAAAGUUCUAUGUCAACAAUUAUGGCAUAAUUUUUUAUUUAUAGUAAAACCACAUUUGUUUCAUAUAUUAAUCUUAUUUUUUUAAUUUAAGAAAUAUUCCUAUGUGAGUUAUUAAAACAACUGAUAUAUUUUUAUAUUUUCAGUAUAUUUUUGUUUUAUUCUUUACACUACUUGAUUAUCAAUUAAGAUCUGAAAAAUAUAUACUUAAUAUAAUUUAAAAAAAUUGUAUGCCUCUGGUGUAGUUAUAAAUUUAAGUGUACAUAUUUUUGUAUACUUUUUUUAAAAUUAUAUUUUGAUAAUUUUUUAAAGUUAAUAUUCAUUUAUAUUACAUUAUAUUGAAUAACAAUAUUUAAAACUUAUUAUGACUGUUAUGGAGGAAUGUCUUUAUGAUGUUAUUGGUUAUAUAACUAUGUUUAGCUAAUAAUUAUCAAUUACUUAAAUAUUUGAGUUAAUAAUACAUGUAUUUACUUAAGCAGGGUUUAAAUGUUUUAAUAUUUUAUCUUAAUUGAUAAUCCAAGCUCAUACUUUGGUCAAUUGUUGUUUUACAUAUUUUCUAUAAGAUUGAAUAUAAAAAAUAUAACAAAAUUUUUUUAUUGGUAUUCGAAUUAUGUGUAUUAUAAUAUAAAAUUAUUACAAAAUAUGUUAUUUUUUUACUAUACAUUUUUUAAUUCUACAAAACAGUG